AUGCGCCGUGUCCACGGGCUGGUGGCCUCCGGGGCGGAAGGCGGCGAGCUGGCCGUGUGGGACGCGAGGGGCGAGCUGGCCGGGCGGCUGCAGCUCCCCGGGGCCGGGGACGUGGCCGCCGUGGUGUUCUCCCCAGCCUGCCCCGCCAGGCUGUUCGCCUCCCACGGAGCAAGCGUCAGCCUGCUGGACGCGCGCGCGCUGAAGGAGCCUGCCCACCGCUUCCAGGUGAACGAGGAGGAGAUCAACUGCCUCGCCGUCAACGAGCCUGAGAGCGCCCUGGCCGCGGCGGACGACGCGGGGGCGAUAAGGAUUAUAGACUUGGGAAACAAGAAAGUGAGCCGGACCUUGAGGCACUCAAACAUCUGCUCCUCUGUUGCCUUCCGGCCGCAAAGGCCGCAGAGCCUUCUUUCCUGCGGGCUGGACAUGCAGGUUAUGCUGUGGAACCUGCAGAAAGCUCGCCCGCUGUGGACAACCAACUUGCAGGACAGUGAAAUGGAGGAAGCUGGUGCACAGGCAGCUGGCCAGUUCUUUAACCCUCCGCUCGCACAUUCCCUGUCCGUGGCAUCGUGUGGCAACGUUUUUGGCUGCGGAGCUCAAGAUGGUAAAGUCAGGAUCUUCCGGGUCACCGGCGUGAAGUUUGAGCAGGAGCUGGCGUUUCAAGGCCACAGUUUGGGAGUCUCACAGGUGCUUUUUUUGCCAGCUGCAUAUUGGCUGCUGACUGGGGGAAACGAUGGCAAAGUCUUGCUCUGGGAUGUCAGCAGCGGUGUUGGGAAACAACAGAAAAGCCCAGCUAGAUCUCUCCAGAGGAGAAAGGCCCAGGCAUCCACCAAAAAAGAGGGAAAGCUGAACAAAGCAGCUUUGAGUGAAGAUGCUGAGAUUUUACCAAAGCUAACCAUUGAACACGGAGAGAAGGUGAACUGGCUCUCGUGUGCAGAGCUCAAAGGCUCCAAGAGAGUAUUAGUUGCUGAUCAGAGCAGUUCUAUAUCUGUAUACCCCUUACCAGAUGCUUAGAUGCUGAAAUGUUUAGAGAAAUUUGUGGUGAGGAAUCAUUUCUCAGGGUGUUUG